CCGCAUUUUUUGUCGAGAAGGGAGAACGGCCACGUAAAAACACCUGCUCCGGUGUGGCAAGGUCUCACCACAGCCUCGGGCAAUAUGUCUCGGUUUCUGUUAAGAUUGAACGUGAGGGGCUGCGUCUCAUCGCAAACGCGAAUGGCAUCUGAUCAGGGCUUCAAUCUACAGAAUUCCCACUCGUUAGAAAUCAAAUGAGAAGUGAUAGUUAUGUACGGGCUAGUCGCUCCGGAAGUCCAACCAUCACAUCUUGGUGAGCUAGGCAAGGGAGCGGGGAAAGGUGGAGGUGGAGGAGGCUCAGUGAGGGAAGCAGGAGGUGCCUUUGGAAAACGAGAAGUAGCAGAAGAGGAGCGGUACUUCAGGCAAAAGGAGAAGGAGCAGAUGGAAGCGCUGAGGAAGCACCACACAGAGGAGAUUGAGCACCACAAAAAGGAGAUUGAGCGCCUACAAAAGGAGAUUGACCGUCAUAAAGGCAAAAUUAGAAGGCUCCGACAUGAUGACUGAGCCAUUGUAUUCGAGUCAAAGCAAUGAUAAUUAGUGAUUGAGUUACCCAAGUUUGUGAUGAGACCUUUUUGAAUACAAAACUACCAAUAAAGUGAAACUGGAUUAGA